AUGAAGUCCAUUGUAAUAGCACUAGCAGGCACCCUUCCCGAAAAAGUUAUCCCCAUCCUCAGACAAGAAUCUGAAGUUGGAAUUGACGGACGAUACAGUUCUUCAUUCGAAACCGGCAACGGCAUCAUAUCUGAAGAAUAUGGAACUUUAAAAAACCCUGGAACUCAAAAUGAAGCAGCAGAAGUAGUUGGUAGAACAGGAUACCAGUCACCUGAAGGCUUUCCAAUAGUUUUGGAGUAUAUCGCUAAUGAAUUUGGAUUCCAACCUAAAGGAGAUCAUCUUCCAGUACCCCCCGUAGAUACUAACACUCCUCCACCAAUCCCACCAGCAAUUCUAAGAUCCUUAGAGUACAACGCUGCUCAUCCUGAAGAAGAUGAUUCUGUGCAACACCAACACCCGGUUCAGGGCCAAUUCAGACAAGAAUCUGAAGUUGGCAUUGAUGGACGAUACAGUUCUUCAUUCGAAACCGGCAACGGUAUCAAAUCUGAAGAACAGGGAACUUUAAAAAACGCUGGAACUCAAAAUGAAGCACAAGAAGUAGUUGGUAAAGUAGAAUACCAGUCACCCGAAGGUUUUCCAAUCUUCUUAGAGUAUCUUGCUAAUGAACUUGGAUUUCAAGCUAAAGGGGAUCAUCUACCAGUAGCUCCCGUAGAUACUAACACUCCUCCACCAAUCCCACCAGCAAUUCUUAGAGCUUUAGAGUACAACGCUGCUCAUCCUGAAGAAGAUGAUUCUGUGCAACACCAAGCACAGGGCCAAUUCAGUCCCUAG